UGGAGGACACGUGCCAGCGGCAGGGCUUCAACCCCAGUGAAUACGACCUGAAGUUUCAGAGGCACGUGCUUGACCUGUCUGUACAGUGGAGAUUUGCCAACCUGCCCAACAAUGCCAAGCUGGAGAUGGUACCCAUCUCCCGGAGCCGCGAGGGGCCCGACAACACGGUUCGCAUCGCUUUGCAGCUGGAUGAUGGCUCCAGGUUGCAGGACACCUUCUGUUCAGGCCAGACCCUCUGGGAGCUUCUCAGCCAUUUUGCUGAGACCAGGGAGUGUCUGCAGCGGCCAGACGAGGUGAUCCCGGUCUGCGUGUACAUGAGGGAUGAGGUGACCGGCGGGGCCGCCCUGCGGAGCACAACACUGCAGUCGCUGGGCCUCACCGGGGGCAGUGCCACCAUCAGGUUUGUCAUGAAGCGGUGUGACUCCGUGGGCAAGCAGGAGCCUGGGGUCCCCAGGAGCAGAACCCCAGGAAGCCCGACCUCCUCUGUGUCUGCUGGCCAGGCGGCCGGCAGCACUCUGCUUCCCUUGAACUCAGGGGAGCUCAGCAGGGGUGACCUGAGCCACCGGGGUGACGCAGGCACCUUGGGCAGCGGCCACGUGGACGGCCUGGGCCCAAAGCCGGAGGACACUCAGGCGAAGCCGAGUGCAGAGUCCACCCCUGCCCCCUUUGUUCCUUUCUCUGGUGGCGGCCAGCGACUGGGGGGCCCGUCGGGGUCCGGGAGGCCUCUGAUAACACCUUCAGCCAAUCUGCCAAAGCCCUUCUCCAGCCCUGGAGGCCCCUCCAAGCCAAAGAAGUCAAAGCCGGGCCAGGAGCCACCGCUGGAGCCAGAGCCGGAGCUGGAGCCAGAGCCAGAGCCGCCCCUGGACCGAGACCCUGUGGUGUGCCACCCUGACCUGGAGGAGCUGCUCCAGGCCUGGCCAGCAGAGCUGCCUGAUGAGUUCUUUGAGGUGACCGUGGAUGACGUAAGAAGACGCUUGGCCCAGCUCAAGAGUGAGCGGAAGCGCCUGGAAGAAGCCCCGCUGGUGACCAGGGCCCUCAGGGAGGCCCAGCUGAAGGAGAAGCUGGAGCGCUACCCGAAGGUGGCCCUGAGGGUCCUGUUCCCCGACCGCCACAUCCUGCAAGGCUUCUUCCGCCCCAGUGAGACAGUGGGGGACCUGCGAGACUUUGUGAGGAGCCACCUGGAGAACCCGGACCUGCCCUUUCACCUGUUCAUCGCUCCUCCAAAAACAGUCCUGGACGACCACACGCUGACCCUCUUUCAGGCAAACCUUUUCCCUGCCGCCCUUGUGCACUUUGGAGCUGAGGAGCCAGCAGGUCUCUACCUGGAGCCUAGGCUGCUGGAACACACCGUCUCCCCGUCUGCGGCUGAUGUGCUGGUGGCCAGGUGUGUGCCUGUGGGGGCGGGGUCCUCUGAGGUAGGGCCUGCCAUCCCAUGCCUUGGCAUCUCGCCCUCAGGUGCAUGUCCAGGGCCACUGGGUCCCCACCUCCGCUGCCAGCCCCUGACCCUGUGCCCCUCGAGUCUGAGCCAACUGCUGAGGAAGGGGCACUGGAUCCCCCUGAACCUAUCUCCGGGACGGCCCAGCCCAAGAGGAGGAGUCUGGGCAAGGUGCCCACGUGGCUCAAGCUGCCAGCCAGCAAGAGGUGAGAGCCAUCCACCUGGAGCUGCCCACCCUGCCAGCCACAGGACCCACCCCAGCCCUAGCUGGAAUAAAGAUGUGCUUCUCUGAGA